AUGCCAAACAGAAAGAACGUGCGGGACCUGAGCAGGCUCUCAGGAAAGCCUCUCAAAGAGACACUUGAGUCCAGCUGCCAAGUCCUGGAGAUAGACCAAGAUGACUGGCUUACAUCUUCAGACCUCAGUGAAGAUGGACUGCCCUUUUCCCAAGAAAAUUUCUACGAAACUGCAGUCUUUCUUAUGGCCAACCCGAACAUCACUUCAAGUCAUUUGUUCCGGGCAGAUAUCUUGUUCGACAGUCUGGGUAUACUUAAGACACCUCAACAAGAUGAAGAGCUUGCAGGGACAUCUGGUGGGCCGGCACCAGCGAUACCAGAUACUGCAGUCACGGCCAAGCCUGCAGCCCGAGUGAAGGGCUUCGAUCUGAUCCGGACUGUUAUUCGGAGAUUAAUUCCUCGAAAUCAGAAUAUCGACAAACCACUCGUACAGACUUGUCAUUUCUACAAAUCCAAGCCUGCGCCCUUGGAAAGUGAUAAUGAAGACCACGCGAACAAUCUUCAACAACGAGUGUUGACCAUGUUUCUCCCGCAUAUUCAGUCCCAAGAAGAUAUUCCAUUUUACCACCCACAGCUAAGAGGACUUGCUACUCUAUAUGACUUUCAAGGCCCCAACGCUGGUACCAUGUCUGUGCAUUUCCUGCCAUUCUCAGAUGACAUUCCGGAGCGACUGGAGCGCACAUUACAUAUCCUCCUUAACUUUUACGUCCGGCUCACGCGUGGGCUAAGGAACACGAGCAAGCCUACUUCUUUGAAAGACAAUCUCGUUCCUCGUCAUCUGGUUCAAAACACUUACGCACGACUCAAAACGCUAUAUGCCGCUGAUCUCUGUGAGAAUUGGGCUGAGAGUACCGAGCCAAGCAAACACGUCUAUGAAGAUCUAGCCAUUACUGCAUUUCUUAUUGAACUAUGGCGCAUGAUGUAUGGGGUCCUUCCAGCGAAGGAAAACCCUAACGAACAAACCAACGCAAGCAAGUUCCCAGGCUUCGUGGACAUGGCAUGUGGAAAUGGAGUACUUGUCUACGUUCUCCUCAUGGAAGGUUACUCAGGCUGCGGAUUCGAUGCCCGUCGACGCAAGUCGUGGAGCAUCUACCCUGAAUGGGUCCAGGAAAGGCUCACAGAGAAGAUUCUCAUUCCCAAGCCCUUUGCAGAUAUUACUGGAACCGGUGAUAUUGAGGUGAAUGUAUCCACUGGCAAUUUCGCUCGUGAUACUUUCAUCAUUUCCAACCACGCCGACGAACUUACCGUGUGGACUCCGCUCAUCGCUGCCCUGGCAUGCCCUGAAUCUCCCCUUCCAUUCCUCGCCAUACCAUGUUGCUCUCACUCGCUCUCUGGAUCUCGAUAUCGCUACCCACUUCCAAAGGGGACAAAACCAAAGACUGCAGCGGGUGCUGUGGAUAAAUCAGACCAGCUGGCAGAGCAAAAUCCGCAGCCAGCGUCGGGUGAUUUGAAGGCAUUGCGCGCUGCUAAGCAGACAGAGAAGACAGAGAAUGGCAUGUGGACAUCUAUGUAUGGUCUUCUCACGACGAAAACAGUCACUGUCGCAGAGGAAGUUGGAUACCAAGUGGAGAAGACUCUUCUGCGUAUCCCCAGUACAAGGAACAUGGGAGUAAUUGGAGGUCGGCAAUCGGUUGCCGAAAAGUGGAGGCUGUUAGGGGCUGCUAGUGCGCCCACCGAGGCUGGGAGUCAAGCAAAACAAGCUGCUCAAUUUGUGCAGACUGUCAUGGACAUUGUUGAGCGGGAAUGCUCAAGGGAAGGUGGCAUUCAAGCUUCGGCACGGACAUGGAUCGAUCGAGCACGAGGCCUCCAGAAAGACCAUGGAAAGGCUACUACUAGCCACGCUGAUGAUGCUCGCCUACCCAACUAG